AUGGCAGCUUUACUCAUCGCAGCAGGGAUUGCGCUCGUGGAGAAGGUCGACCAGAAACGGCAGGCACGCAAGGAUAAGAAACUGCAAGAUGAGUUGAGAUACAAGGAGUUGCAGCAUGAGACUAUGGCUCGAAGUAAAGGGGGCGAGAUGCAGCGCAGAGACUCGGAGUCGGACUCGGAAGACGAAGGUGCACGUCGCAUUCGGCGAGACAGAAAGACUGAGGUUUUAUCGCCACCAUCGUCUGAGAUGAUGGUACAGACUAUAGGCAUAGGAGUCGUUCGCACAGACGUGCAUGGGUACAACGGCGCGGGCGCGGUCCAGGAGACAUGA